CAUAAAUUGACACGCUAGCACAGAGUCGGUGGCAUGGGCGAGGCUGCCAACUAUAUCUCAGCCUUGUCUUGGCACCACCCUAGCGUGGCGGCCUACGAUUGAACGGAUAAUAAUUUGGUGGUGGUUUGGGGAAGGAACGAUGCUUCCGUGUUUAUAUCAGCCAUCUCAGUCGCUACUGCCGCCACUUGUAGGAUUAUUUGUAUAGUUAGUAUAGGGACGGAAGACAAGAUGGACCGCGAUCGUGGUCGUGAUAGAAGAUACGCCCCUCGUGGCGAUGGCGAGGUAACGAAGAUGGGCGCUGGGGAGUCGUACCGCCCUUCUGUGCGUCCGCGCUCCCCGCGAUCCGACACCUCGCGAUUCGAUAAUAGAGACCGGGAUCGCUCGCCACGGCGCGAGAGGCCGAGGAGCCCACAGGCAUCGGAUGCGUAUAUUCCCGGUGGCAGAGAUAGGUCGCCGCUGAGACGGCGGUCGAGGUCACCGGUUGCGUAUCGCUCGAGGGAUAGAACCCCCCCACGAGAUGUGCAGAAUUGGAGAGAUAGAGAGAGGGCGAGAAGUCCGCAGCGUCCGAGGAGCCCAGUCCGACCCAGGAGCCCACAGCGGAUGAGGAGCCCAGUGAGGCCGAGGAGCCCAGUGAGGCCAAGGAGUCCAAUUAGGGCCAGGAGUCCUGCCAGAGCAAGGAGUCCUAUGCGACCGCGAAGUCCUGGGAGACCUAGAAGUCCAGUGAGGCGAUUUUCACCAAGACGGGGUGAUGAUAGACGCCCUAGAUCACCGCCAAGGAGAUCGGAUUUGGACGAGCGGGAUAUUAGACGCAGGUCACGGUCUCCUUUUGACAACCGUGGCCCAUUACGAGCUCGAUCACCUAUCUCAAGAAGAUCUCCACCAGCAGGACCCAGGGGGGGUGGAUGGCGUCCAAGGUCUCGUAGCCCACCGCGCCGUGACGACCGCGUCGCAGCUGCCCAAACGUCGCUCACUUGGAGACGACCACGAUCGCCAUCUCCUUCUGGAGAUAGAUCUUCAGGGAGAAACUCUGAACACAGCACACGUCGCCCAUCACCAAGACCUAGCUACCGCCCAGCGCCACCUGUGGAUGACCUUCAGAGUAUGCGCUCGCCCUUUCCACGAGACAGGUCUCCACGCCGGGAUUCAACGCGAUCCACGCCACGCGAACGGUCGCCAGCACGCGCAGCGUCUCCGAUGGUGAGAUCUCCAGCGGUACAGGGUAGAUCACCAGUUCGACUUGCACAACCCUUCAGAGCGCCUACUGGUCCAAGCGCCAACCGCAACUUCAGCGCUCCAAUUCGGUCGCCGUCUGCAUCUGGACAAUCUACACCGUUAUCGAUGCCUGCGCCUAGUCGUCCCGAGGGUACGGCGGCGGUGGCACCACCAUCCGGACCUCGCAACUUCAAUCCCCCUCCUGCGCGUGGAGGUUUUCUCCCAAGAGGCGGCAGAGGCUCCUUCAGUGAUCGCCGCCCAGAGCCAGGAUGGGGGGGUGUUCACAACAACAGGCCACCCUCUGUGCAAUCCCCGACGUUGCCCGCCACAACACCAUCUGCGACCCCAGCCAUUCCUACGGGCCCAAGAGCAAGCUCUUCAGGCAGCGACUGGAAGACUGCACCCCCAUCCCGCUCCUCUUCCAUCUCCUCAGCCCCCUUCCACGGUCACAACACCAAGACCUUCACACCGUCUGUUCCACGCGUCCACCCGGCCAUCGCGAACCUUCCUCCCGUCAUCCCCGGUGGAAAGAUUGACCCUACUUACUCGCCCGUACCGAAGGAGCUUGAGGCGCGUAUCCGGAAGACCGAUGAAGAUCUCGAGCGCAUGCGUGAAGAUUUGAAUGCGAAAGAGGAGAAGUUGCGGAAGGGGCUGGCGCAAUGGGAUCGUCUGGCGAGGGAGUCAGCGAGUAUGGGUCUCAAGGCGGAGUUGAGCGAGAGGCAUGUUCGGAUGUUGGCUGGGGAGGGGGUUGGGGGCGCUGCGUUUUAGGGGAGGUUACUGAUAGGAAUUGUGCCUGGAUCAUGGUAUUAAUGCGGCUCAGAUUGGGGUUAUGGAUGUAAUUUUAGGUGAUUUGAGCGGGACAUGGCGUUUAGCUUACUAUAUGGACUGCCAUGGUCUUGAAGGUUUGCACAUUACUGAUUGAGCUUGGGGAGUAACGGAAGGGAAGGCAGGUUGCAGUAUAAUAAUGGACUCUAGAAGCGCAAAAUACAUUUGAUGACGACAACGUGA